AUGGCUGACAAGGUGAAACACGACGAAGGUAUGUUGACAUUCAUGUCCUUGCGUAGACAACUGAGCGAAUUCAGAAUUUGCCAAACCGUUAUAACUAGCAAUUGUUAAUCGGUAAAGAAAAAUUGCGACCCUCGAAGUUAAAGUGUUUAACCGGACAGUGAUUAUCUUAGGGCCUGUUUACAAGGAGAGAGGGUUACCCUUGUGCUAGGGCUACCCUUAGCGGGUUAAAGUUAGCUCUGAACGUUUUACAGGCAAGUUUCACAGGUAAGGUUACCCUGUCAACCAGGUCAACUUUACCAGCUUUUGACGUGUUUCGUCACGCGUCACAUUCUUUGCAAUGUCCAAAGUUUGAAAUAAAACCUAUAAAGGCUAAGGCCUAACCUCCUCGUUCUACAUUAUUCUUCAUAUCAGACGAAAGCAGAAUUCAAUUAUUCAAUAUUUGAAUUAAAAAUAUUGCCUGUUUCUCGACAGUUUCGAGUCAGAAUAAAGAGAUUCUUCAAAUACUAUUUUUCAUCCUUAGAGUGGUAUUUAGCUUUUGUUGCUUUUUUAACUAUGUUUCCUGCCGCACCAUCUGCUGCCCCUUUUGAUUCUUUUAAGUACCUUUGAGCAAACAAAUCAAUUCUUUUUUUUUAAGUGGAAAUGACGCCUCAACCUUACCCAGCACAACAAGGCAAAUUUCCAGCCCAGCCUGGUGACCCACAACAUCAAGGCCCCCAGCCCUUUACUGGACAACCCAUGGGGUAUCCACCAGGAUACCUAGGGGCACAGCAAAGUACAACAACGGUAGUUAUGCAGCAGGUAAGGGUUUUUAACCUUAAUAAAGACAGCUUAACCAAGUAAAAUCAAGAGUAAUACAGACACUCAAAAAAAACUUCUUUUAAAAAAGAAAAAAAAGGAAGAGCAAGAAAAUAAAUUGAAAAAUUGCUGGGUGUUGAGAUUAUGUCACCUCCUUGGAAACCCGUGAAUGACCUAUCGAUUGAAUCCGAAAAUUUGCCGAUUAAGCGAGUAGACCAGAUAAAAUCCUUCCACUUCUUUCAGCUUCUUAAUAACCACUGAAGAUAUCACAGGCAGAAGUAUUUUUCGAAGGUAUCAGUUGAAAAUUUUGCUGUUGUUCCCCUCCCCCCCCCCCUUCCCCCACCAAAAAAAAAAAAGAAAUUACGCCAGGAAUUGACUCACUCUUCGAAGUUUAAUUUAUCAUAACUAAGAUUCGAUUUCAAACCUCCUUCAUGAGUUAUUUUCCUUAUUUGUUACUCUCUUGAUGGAAUAUCUAUAACAGUGUUUGAAAAAAAUUAUCCAAGUUGGUUUAUUCAAAAAUCCUUUGUCAGUGUAAGAAGAUUUCAAAAGGAGGAGAGAGAAAUCAAGAAAAAGUCCAGAAGUUCAGUCCCAGCUCAGCCUAUCAUCAUAAACCGCAGCAGGAUUAACUCAGUCAGGAACCUGGGAAAACAGCCGACAUUUCGCGACGCCACCAACGAUUUAACAGCGAAAUAACGCCUGAGAAACGAGCGGAGAAAUUCCAUACUGACGACGCGUCACUACCAAAAUCUGGGUAGUGCUUCUGAUUGGUUGAAGCAAAUUACACCAGCGGCACGACCAAUCAGAAGCAAUAUGCAGAUCUAGUGACGUGUCAUCAGUAUGGAAUUUCUGCGCUCAUUUCUCAGACGUCAUUUCGCUGGGAAACCAGUGGUAGCGUCACGAAAUGUGGUCUGUUUUCUUAGGCUACUCAGUCGGUAGAGCGCUAGACUCUCGGGACCUGACAAACACCCUGCGUCUCAAAAUAACUGAGAAACUAAGGUACUGCCUUUGCCCUAUAGAAAAGGUUAGACCUUCGCGUGGCUUGGAUGACCUCUUAAAAUGGCGAUCCCGUCUCCAGUAGGAGACUCCAAAAUGGUGUCCCCAAUUAGUAAUUUCAUACUAAAAACAUUGCCAAUCCAAUUAAAUGUAUUUUUUGUAAAGAAGACGUCCCAAUGGACUAUGUAAUUUCACUGACCUAUAACUGAUAAUGAGCUACAAGAAGUUUUGAAAAUUAAUCCUUUCUCUUUUGUAAUAUUGAUUAGCCCAGCCAAACGGUAAUCUUGCCUGCAGCUCCUCGUCCACAGAAUUUUAUGUGCCUGUCCAUUUUUACCUGCUUGUGUUGUAUCUGGCCAAUCGGUUUAGCUGCCAUUUGCUUCAGUAGCACGGUAAGACUAUUUACUGUUCCGUUGGUAGACAGCGUUUUUGUACGAACUCUACUCAGCUGUGUUUGUGCCGUUUGUAUGUUAAUUGAUCCUCUAUAAGGCCAUACAAUGCAACCUCUAUUCAGGGGACACCCUCGGGACCAAGGUAAAUGUCCCCUGAAUAGAGGUAUUCCUUGAAUGGAGGUAGGGAUGGGGUUUGUUUAUAAUUAACCAACAAAUAAAAUAUUUUCCUUUUAAUCUGCCUUUGAAUCUGCUGAGUCAUUAUUCCAAGCAUCAAUAUAAUGGAUAGACACACUGAAUUCUGCAAAGCUGAUCUUACGACGUGAAAAUUAACUUUGCAAGACAUCAACACGACACCGAAAGAACUAAAAACAGACCGGGGUCGUAGCCGUAGACAGCUGUUUCGCCCUUUUGGGGGCUCGUCAGUACGGCGCAACGAACGGAGAGGCUCUGCCGUAAAAUUCCCGCACAUGUCAUGAAAAAGAAGCAGAUCAACACGACACAACGAUUUUUUCACCGACUUCCGCGACAUGAAAUUUAAACUUACCGCACAUCGCAUGGACUCUGAAAACCGCAAUACCGUAUUUUGAAAUAAAAAUUACCGCAACACCGCACCAAAAAUAACCCAAUACCGCAAUACCGCAAACCCCUACGCCCCCCUCAGUGCAGUACAUCGAUUUAAUUUUGAAAGCUAUCGCCAUUGUGACUAGGAACACUUACAUGUAAACUUAUCGACGAUUUCUGUGGUUAGUCACUUUUUAAGUGCUAUAAAGGUGUCCUCUGAAUGAAGGUUAAAUCUGGCUUUCGGGUCCCAGAAAAAGUGUCCCUUCCCCCUGAAUGGAAGUGUCUCUUGAACAGAGGUGUUCCAAAGGAGAGUUCCUCUGUAUCAUCAUCAUUGAAAGUGACAGUGACGUUUUAAAAGCAAAACCGUGCACAGUAAGAUGUGAUGCAUCGUCGAACAUUCUUCCUUUUUUUUAAGAAUGAGACCACCUUGGAUUUUUUAACGUUGGGAAAGAUUAAGCAAUAAUCACAAAAUUUAUCGUCAGUUUGAAUAACCAAUCAGAAUUAAAUUUAAAUAUGUGAACUUUGCAAAGAAUGUGUGACAUGGUGGCCUUUAAUUCAGUGGGGUACUGGAGGAAGUUUCACCAAAAUUUAAAUUCCGCGAAAUUGUAACUACGGUGUGGGGUUAUCAGAUUUACGAAAAACGAGGACUUGAUUUGGGUAGCGACAUAUUUGUUGAUUUUAGCCUUAAGUCUAUAUAUAUCAGGCCAGUUUGUCAGUAAUUUUUUUUAUCAUUAUUGCCAUUAAUGUCAUCUCUAGGUGGACAGUGCAUAUGAUGGAGGAGAUUACGAAGGAGCCCGAAGAAACUCCAGGAUAGCUUUGUGGCUGAAUGUUGCUUCUAUUCUGUGCGGUGUUGGCUUAAUCGUUUUCCUGAUUGUCUGGUUUGCGGUAGUGGUUACUACUGUCACAACUAAGGUCACCCCUUAA